AGCUAUGACAUGUCAGUUGACUAAAGGAUAAAAGAGCUAGUCUUCCACUUAAAUACUGCAGCAGUCCGAGUACAGUCAUCAGCUAGAAAAGACGGAGGAGGACGACUGAAAUGAUGCAUGCUAAAGUGAAGAAGCUCAUAGAAGCCACUGAUGGCGUCGAUGAAGGACAGCGACACUGGCCUGUGGCUUCACAACAAACUGGGCUCCACGGACGAGUUGUGGACGCCGUCGAGCAUCGCGUCGCUCCUCACCGUGUCCGUCAUCGACAACAUACGCCUGUGCUUCUCGAGCUUGUCGCCGCCCGUCAAGCUCAAGUUGCUCCUUGGGAUGCUGCAUCUCCCCCGGCGGACCGUGGACGAGAUGAAGGAGGCCCUCUCCGAGAUAAUCCAGCUGGCCACAGUGGACUCUGAGCCUUGGGUGUUGAUGGUCGCAGACAUCCUCAAGUCUUUUCCAGAGACGGGGUCCCUCAAUCUAGACUUGGAGGAGCAGAAUCCAAACGUGCAGGACAUCCUUGGCGAGCUCAGGGAGAAAGUGGGGGAGUGCGAGGCGUCGGCCAUGCUUCCUUUGGAGUGCCAGUACCUGAACAAGAGCGCGUUGACCACACUGGUGGGACCCCUCACGCCUCCCGUGAAACAUUUCCAGCUGAAGAGGAAGCCCAAGAGUGCCACCCUCAGAGCUGAGCUGUUGCAGAAAUCCACAGAGACUGCACAGCAACUGAAGAAGACUGCCGGAGUGCCUUUUCAUGCCAAAGGGAGAGGUUUAGUCAAAAAGAUUGACACAACCACGCCUCUCAAAGGGAUUCCCAAGGCCCCGUUUCGCAGCCCCACAGCCCCAAGUAUGUUCAGCCCCCCCAGCAACCGAACACCCAUUGCACCAGCACGCACACCCCUGCGGAAGGAACGUGGGGUCAAGCUGUUGGAUAUCAAGGAGCUGAACAUGGUCGGAGCCGGGAGAGAAGCAAAAAGGCGGCGAAAAACCUUGGACACGGAAGCGGACGAGAAAGCAGCCAAAGAAGAAGCAGUGGUCGAAAACACCACACCGGAUUAUGCCGCGGGCCUCGUCUCUGCACAGAAACUCGGGGCGCUGAACGAGACCCCGCUGCCGUCAACCAGCUACCUACCGGCAACGCCCAGCAUGGUUCCUUCCUCCUCCUACAUUCCCAGCUCCGAGGCUCAGCCAGCAAACGCGGGCGGGUCCGGCUGGGACACGCUGCAGUCGGCUCGCCAACCGGAGGAGUCGGCGACGGCGGGCGCAGGCGCCCCCGCCGCCACGCUCCCGGGCCAGUACAAGCAGAGGACGCCGAUGUACAACGCGAGCACCACGGCGAACCCGACGACGCCGACGUCCCCCAGCACGCCCGCCUCCACUCCCGCCAGCAACGGGCCACCGGCGGCCGCCACAGCCGGCCAGCCCGAGACACCCGCUCAGCCCCCCAGCACGCCUCAGACCCCUACACCGACACCCACCCCCACGCCGCCACAACCUCAGCCCAAAAAGAAUCUCUCACUGACGAGGGACCAGAUGUAUGCAGCUCAGGAGAUGUUCAAGACGGCCAACAAGGUCACCAGACCAGAGAAGGCCCUCAUCUUGGGCUUUAUGGCAGGAUCCAGAGAGAACCCGUGCCCGGAGCAGGGUGACAUCAUCCAGAUCAAGCUGAGCGAGCACACCGAGGUGUUGCCCAAAGCGGACGGCACUGGCAGCACCACCAUGUUGGUGGACACGGUCUUCGAAAUGAACUACUCGACGGGUCAGUGGACUCGCCUGAAAAAGUACAAGCCCAUCACCAACACCUCGUGAGAAGCGCAACAGGUGGACUCUACUCGCUCACGACCACAUUCGCUGACAUUCAAGUGUUCGCAUUGGGGCCAAAAUGAGGACCCGGGGAGGGCCGUGCUGACGAAAGGAGAGAAGGUUCUUCCUCCUUCUGCACACAGACACACACACGCACACACACAGGAUAUAAAUUUCAUUCAUUCUCCUCCCCCCUUUAUCAUUUAGUUCUGGCAUCUGUGCGAAUGUCUCGCAAAACAGCCAGCGGUCAACAACGCACCAUUUUUUUCGUCACCUUUUUUUCCCCAGACAAAUUGAAAGAAAAUAAAGUGACAUCAGACUGUUAUCACUUAUUGAAUUAAUUCAAAACAUUGACCAUGAGUCUGUGUGGGUGGCUCUGUGCUUGUCAUUGCGCAGUAGAAACAAGAUCUUUUUAUUUGUAUGAUUUGUAGCAUACAACAAGCAUUCACAGUUGAUUACCAUCGGAACAAAUGUUUUUAAAAGGCAGACUUAAAUUAUGCAAUUCAACUAAAUAGCUCCAAAUAUUUACGACAAAUAAAAUAUCUCCAUUCAUCUAUUUAUGCAAACAGUGACAGAACAAUUAAUUUCAGUACACAUACUUUUUGUACCAUUUUUGUUUGGUGGUGUGCCACAGGAUUUUGUGCAAUAUGCCAUGGUUCUAAAGGUUGGGAAACGGGGUACUGCGUAAUCAAGUGGACGUGAAAUGAAGUAGCCCCCUGUGUACAUAGAAAUGAUCUUCUUCUAGGAACAUUCAGUGUCGGCUCAAACGUCCAUGAAUGUUAAAAAUCAUGGCAAACAGCCAAACAAGUGUUGAUUGUGGUUACAGUAAACCCACUCUACUCGAGCCCUGCUGUGAAUACUGAAAAAAUGUAAAUGAGCCCCCCUAAAAAAAUUUACAACUGGCUAUUUUCAUAGUUUAAACUGUCAAUAUACCACAAACUAUGAUUCCAAGACAGUUUAUCUUUUCAAACUGAGUGAAACCGAGUAAACGAAUAAAAGGCAGUAAUCCCCUACAUAUUCACAGUAUAGGAAUGUAGAAUUGAAAUUGGUGUCAAGGAAGUAUAUUGAAGUGAUAGAUCUCAACUGAGAGACCAGCUUUGUGUGGGAGAGCUAAGUUUAGCCUGGGUUGUUAGUGGGAGUUAGAGUCUUCAUGUUUUAAGAUGUCUUUGAAAUAAAAAUAAAAAAGUGUUUUCACAUCAUAGUUUGUGGUAUAGUUACGGGUUGAACUUAAUAUA